AUGUCUAAGGCACAUCCUCCAGAGUUGAAGAAGUUCAUGGACAAGAAGCUGUCCAUCAAACUAAACGCUGGUCGUGCUGUGACGGGCGUUCUUAGAGGAUUUGAUCCUUUCAUGAACUUGGUACUCGAUGAAUCAGUUGAGGAAUGUAAAGACGGACAGAGAAAUAAUAUAGGGAUGGUUGUAAUCCGUGGAAACAGUAUCAUUAUGCUGGAGUCUUUAGAUAGAAUAUAG